AUGCUCUCUCAGGCAACGGCGCUCUCUCAGGUGGCGGCAGCGCUCUCUCAGGCAGCGGCGGUGGCGGCAACAGCGCUCUCUCAGGCAGCGGCGGCGGCGCUCUCUCAGGAGGCGGCAGCGGCGGCAGUGGCAACGGUGCUCUCUCAGGCGGCGGCGGCAGGUCUCCCAUCUCAUACACUGGAGAUGGUCCAGGCUCCCUCGUUAACCUCCUCGAACGACCACCCCUCCUCCGCUUUUGUUUUCUGGCAGGCAGUAGGUCCCCUUCCUCCUGGAAGGGGCAGCACGCCACUUGGUGCCCGAUUUCUCCCCGCAAGCAAGGCACCAGCCUUGCUCCUCCAAGCCACCAAGGAGAUCCUCCAGUUCGCCAUCCCACCGCCACUCCCUACCCCAGCCAAGCCUCUUUUUGAAACUGUGCCGGUUGAGGUUUUGUUGUGUAAUGUGAAGUGGCUGUUCAGUAUUGCCUUUGGACUUGCAGCUUGUGCUAGGCAGGUCCGAAGUCCUGUACAGCUAGAGAAUUCAGACAGAGGAGGAUUCCAUAGACUCAGACGUGACACUCGGGUCUCACACUCAGACAAACGUUUCAGUGAGAGGAACAUGGCGUGCUCGUCGUGUGCCGGUGCCGGGGCCUCUAGGGGAGGCAGUGGUUUUCGAGUGGGGUCGUCUCUGGGUUCCCUGCCUCGCUUGCGGAAGCGUCGGAGGGUAGGUCCUGGACGGGAGCCGCUGGAUGAGGCCCUGGUGCGUUUCCUGAGCUCGCAGCGUGCUGUGGAGGAGCGCUUCCUGGCUCUCGAGGAGUGCCGGCUGCAGUGGGAGGCCGAGGCGGAGCAGCGGAGAGCCCAGAUGGAGCAGAGGAGGGCUGAGAUGGAGCGCCAGCACGAGUUCCGCAUGUUCAGUGUCUUCACUCACAUGGUGAGCGCACUGCGGCCCGACCUCUCCCCACCACCCCUUUCCCGCAGGGGCAGAGCCAGGGAGGAGGAGGAGGAGGAGGGCAGGGGAGGACUGUACCCCCGACCGAGCAACGACCCCCCCAGGGCUAGCCCCUAUCUGUCGAGCCGUGGGAACCGGAUCCGAAACUUCGAGACCACAUUGCAGAAGGGCUACACCAUGUACCAUGCUGACAAGCACGACGAGGACAAGAACCCAAGCGGCAUCAUCAACUUGGGAACCAGUGAAAACAAACUGUGCUUUGAUCUGCUUUCCAAACGGCUGACUCAGUCUGACAUGUCCCAGAUCGACCCUCCUUUGCUGCAGUACCCUGACUGGAAAGGACACAGUUUUCUGCGUGAAGAAAUCGCCAGGUUUCUUACCUAUUACUGCAAGGCACCGGCCCCUCUGAAAGCAGACAAUGUUUUGGUGGUGAAUGGCUGUGGAUCUCUGUUCUGCUCUCUCGCUGCAGUUCUCUGUGAUCCAGAAGAUGGCAUCCUGAUCCCCACCCCCUUCUACGGAGUGAUCACUGGGGACGUCCUUCUCUACAGCAGUGUCAGGCUGGUGCACGUGCAUCUCGACAGCCAGAUGAGUGGCAGUGAUGAGCGCCCCUUUCAGCUGACUGUAGAGAAGCUGGAGAAAGGUCUGGAGGAUGCUAAACAGGAGGGCAUCUCCGUCCGGGUCAUGAUUCUCAUCAACCCCCACAAUCCUCUGGGAGAGAUCUACACACCCACAGAGAUGAAAGAAUUCCUUGAAUUUGCAAAGAGACAUGAACUCCAUGCCAUCGUGGACGAGGUCUACAUGCUGUCUGUGUUUGACGAGUCUGCCACCUUUCACAGUGUCCUCAGCUUCAACAAGAUUCCAGACCCGCAGAGAACGCAUGUGAUGUGGGGAAUCAGUAAGGAUUUUGCUGCCUCUGGGCUGCGUGUUGGCACUCUGUACUCGGAGAACAAGCAUGUCAUCGAUGCACUGGGACAGAUGGCCUACUUCCACGGGGUCCCUGGGACAACACAGCACCAAGUGGCCCAUCUGCUUCAAGACAGAGACUGGAUCAACCAGAUGUACCUGCAGACGAACCGGGCCCGCUUAAAGGCAUCGCUUCAGUACAUAACCAGCGAGCUGAACUCGCUCAAUAUCCCGUACCUCGACCGGCCGGCUGGGUUCUACAUCUGGGCAGAUUUCAGAAAGUUCCUCAGGGAAGAAACAUUUGAGGAGGAGAUCGCUCUCUGGCGCCAGUUUCUCAACAACAAGGUCCUGCUCAGCUGUGGUAAAGCGUUUGAGUGCAGCAAGCCAGGAUGGUUCCGAAUCAUCUUCACCGACAAGAUCUACCGGCUGCAGUUAGGAAUGCAGAGGCUAAAGGAAGUUCUGGAUGAUCGGAAUCUAGAUAACCAAUUAGACGGCCUGAAGAAAUCGAGCCAAUCAGAGGAAAAAACGAAGCCCAGUCCAUCAGAAGACAAAAAGAAGCCUAGCCAAUCUGAAGAGAGGAGAAGUCUUGGCAAAUCAGAGGACAAGAAAACUGCUGUGCAUUCAGGCCCUGAUCACGCACUUGACUGCAGCAACGAUGAUAUUGUGGAAGACGCCCUCCAAUCAGCGCCCUCCGCUGGAGGACUGGACAGCCUCAUUGGUGUUCUCAGGAAGCAGAUCCGCUCCUCCGAUUGGCUAGAAAGGAACACCCCAGAAUUGUUUGCGCAUGAGAACCCAGAAGUGUUUGAGGUGUUUAACAAACUCACUGAAAGGUCAAAAGAAUGAAAUAAAAAGGAAAGGGCGAUUUUUUUAUAUACUCUGGAACAGACACAUAUUAUUAAGAUUGUAUUACAGAAUUAUAGCUUUACAUACAAUGUUACUGGUUUUCAGUUAUAAACAGUACAAUUAAAAACACCAUCUAAUGGCAAAAUGUUUGAAGAUUUUAUUUUUAUUUCUUUUUUAAAUUUGCAAUCGGCAAUUGUUUUUUUUUACCCCGUUUUCUCCCCAAUUUGAAAUGCCCAAUUUUAAGCAUGGCUCACUGCUGCAACCCAUGCGCUGACUCUUGUCAUCAGCCAUCCACUUCUUUUCACUCUGCAGGCCUGCUGUGCAGCUACCUCAGAGCUACAGCAUCGGAGGACCACGCAGCUCUGGGAUGCUUGCAGGCAGGCCCGCAGGCACCUGGCCAGUCUACAGGGGUUGCUGGUGCGCAGUGAGCUGAGGACACCCUGGCCGACCUAAGCCCUCCCCACACCGGGCGGCGCUCGGCCAAUUGUGUGCCUCCCCCUGGGAACUCCCAUCCACGGCUGGCAGUGGAAUGGCCUAGACCCAUAUAUAUAGCAAAUAUGAACAUUCGGGGCAUAAACAAAAUAUGUCAUGAAACAUCGUGACACACUGUACAGUAUUUCUUGUCAUGACAUCCUUUAUAAACAUAAUUUCAACUGGUUUUCUGUUUUUGUUUUUUUACACUUUCUUGGCCAUGAACCCUGUAUUUUUUAUUUUUUGUAUUUGUUACAUGAGUCGGAUCACCCCGUUGCAAGAAAGUGCAUUGAUCUGGAAAAUUUAUAUUGGAAAAUACAAAAUGAUUGAGUUGUUUCUGUUUUGCAUUAUUCUUUUUGAAAUACUAGCAAGCAUGGCUGUGUGUGUUUUAGACAGCAGCACUGACAACAGCAUGGAAAAGGGUUGAGCUGUGAAUUUACUCUUCUCUGUGUGUAAGCUGUGAUAAGUUGCUGGGGAAAAAACUAAAUUAGUUUUUCUCAAUAGAUGGAGAAGUAAAGAAUAAACACAGCUGUGCUUUGUUUAACAAUGCUUUUAAAAUACUCUGCUUUGUUCGGUACCAGUUUUCUUUCUGGAAUGUACAUUUUUAAUCCUUUUUGGGUAACUUUUUUGUUUACGUGGAUCCAUCUAGUUGAUUUAAACUCUCAAAAUCAUAGAUUCAGAGUUAAAACUUCCAUAAGAACAUUUAAAAAUGUGAGGAGGCCAUUCAGCACAUCUAUGCUCGUCCAGUUACUGGUAGCUGAUUGAUCUCAACACUGUCAAGAUGGCUCCUAAAAAGGAUCAAAGUGAUUCUGCCUCAACAGCAUGGUUAGGUAACCCAUUCCAUACCCUCACCACUAUCUCACAAGAGAGUAGAAAGAUUGGGCUGUGCUCUUCACCUGUACACUAAGGGCAUUGACCAAAAUGUUUGUCUACAGUAGGAUCCUUUUAAGUUUUACCAAGGUUUAAUGUGAAACUGAUAAAACACAUGUUUACAAAGCUGAAAAUUAAAAAAAAAAAAUGAAAUCUUGUAUCCCUUUGUCAAUAUAAACAUGGUUUGUCCUGUCCUCAAACACCAAGUGUUUGCUAGUGUUCUUACCACUAAUGGAAAUGAGCAGGGGCUUCCUUCAAGUGCUCUCCCUCAAUCUGUACCCCUCUAUACUGUAACAGAGCCUCCAACUCUCUCUCAAUCUGUACCCCUCUAUACUGUAACAGAGCCCCCGACUCUCCCUAAAUCUGUACCCCUCUAAUCAAUGUAGCAAAUAGCACACCCACUCAGCUCUCUCU